UUUUAAAUUGUAAAGAAACUUCAAUUCAAGCAGGUGUGUGGGAAAGUGAAGGUGUGGCCUCUCUACGAAGAUGAUGCAGUGCAGCAAGGACUGACAGGGACGAGCUCUGCGAGGCUUUGCUUUCCCAACUCAAGUUCCACAUCAAAGGCGGUCGCCAUGGCGAGCAUCUGGCAAGUCCUGCAAGUCACUGCGUUCUUUGUCUUCCAUUUGGUGCCCUAUACACUGUGCGGCAACCUGCGCUGCCUCUACAGGCCCAUCUUGGAGAAGGAGUACGAGUUUCAGCCCAUCGUGACCGAGUGUCCCCGGGGUGAGGUGUGCUACAAAGCGGAGGGUCGCUACGGCAAUUACAGCGCCCUGUCCGCAAGUGGCUGCAUGCCGAGGAGGGUCUGCGGCCUACAGCACGAUCUCUCCUACCAAGGAGUCAUCUACACAAUGAGCUACUCUUGCUGUGACCGGCCGUAUUGCAACGCGUGUGUGGGCCUCUUCGCCAACACCUUGGUCAUCACCAUAACACUUGUAACUGUUGCUGGAAUGAUCGGAAUGUGAUGUUGGAUGAACAGCAAGCGCUCAGGGUUAAGGGGGA